AUGCUCAGAAUAGUCUUAGCCCGCUCAAGUAGAGCAAUGAGCUCUGCUUCGCCAGCGUCUGCGUCAGAUAGCGACACUUCAGUUCGAAAAAUUGGUAAAGCACUGGAAACUUAUUUGAAACACAGUCAACAACAUGUGGCGAUGAUGGAGAAACACAGAGCAGAGUUCGAGACAGGACGUCGACAUCUUGCCAAAAUGAUGAGUCUUGACAUUCAUGAACUCGAUCAAGAGGCAAUUGACAGAGCAAUCCUAUAUUUAUUUCCUUCUGGAUUAACCGACCCAAAUGCUCGUCCAGUUAUGAGACCACCAGAUGAAAUUCUUCCAAAAUUCCAAAGAUUCACAUUUGACGAAGAAGGAAAACCAGAAGGAUCCCGAUUUUUCACAUUAAGUCCAAAAAUUUACGGGCUUUUGUCGGAUAUUGGAGUCAAAACGCAUUCUGUUAUGAAGUUUUAUGAUGAACAUGUUGGAAGUCGAUCGGUAAAUCGAAGUGAUUUGGAACCAGCAAAUCUGAGCGGUUCUCAAUGGGUUACAGCUGACAAAUUGAAGAAAAAGCUCUCGGAAAAAUUUUCAAAAGAAUUGUACGGACAAGUCAUCAUUGCAUUUGAGCAUCUUGCUUCAUUACCAGGAUCAGCUAUUGAACAAAAGUUUUUGAUGGAAUUCAGAGAGCCAAUGACCGCUUCAACUGGAUCCAAAUUGUUCGGUCCUGCGAUUCCUGAAGUGCAUGUUUGUGCAGUGACCAACAGAAGAUAUGCAGAAGUGACAACACGAUGUAAAGAUACUCGUGCUACAGUUAAGGUCACAGACGCAGGAAAAGGAAAAUUCGAUAUUGAUGGUCUCCAAUUGCACGAUUUCAGGCAUCUUCAAGCCAGAGAGAUUCUUCUUGCACCAAUGAUUGUCAGUCAGUCUCUCGGUCGAUUUGAUGUAACAGCGACAACUUCAUGUAUUUCUAAUACUCUUCCAGAAGCACCAAACAAGGCGCCAUUAAUGCGAAGUGGAGGAAUGAGUGCUCUACCGCGUGCUGUUCGCCAUGGAACUGCACUUUGUGUUGCCGCUUUGCAACCAGAAGCUAUCGAACCACUAAGAUUAUCUGGACUUCUAACACUGGACCCACGGAAAAACGAAAGAAGCAAGGUGAAUCAACCGGGUGCUCGUGCUAAAUGGAUCUGGAAACGUCGUUAAUUUAUGAAUACCCACUUUAAUUUUGUUUUUGUUAAUUGGUAGGAAGUUUUCAACUAGAAUUCUUGUUUUUAUUGUUUUUUUAGACUUUUGAAAAAUGAAAUUUAUAAAAU